UUUGGUUUCCGCGCCGCGCCGAGCAGACAUGGAAACAACAAUCAGCGACAGUAAACCAGACCAGCAGCCGACAGAUGAGGGGAUGGAGGCGGACAGGUCAGUGUCAAGGUCCGACAGCGGGAGUGGAGACGAUUCCUUGGAUGGCCUCUCCAACCGUGUCCCCCGCUGCCCUUUGACCCCUUCUUUAUCGCCACGGAAACGGACCACGAGCCAGUCGAAGACAGAGCCUCCGCUGCUGAGGACCAACAAACGGACCAUCUACACCGCCGGUCGACCACCGUGGUACAACGUCACCGGGACCACCUUCAAAGAGGCUUUUGUUAUCGGUCUGUGUGGAGGAAGUGCUUCUGGUAAAACCACAGUCGCCAAUAAGAUCAUUGAAGCGCUGGACGUCCCCUGGGUGGUUCUGCUCUCUAUGGACUCCUUCUACAAGGUGUUGAAUAAAGAGGAGCAGGAGCUGGCGGCCAAGAACGAGUAUAACUUUGACCACCCUGACGCCUUCGACUUUGAGCUGCUGGUCACCGUCCUCAGGAAGCUGAAGAAAGGGAAAAGCAUCAAAGUGCCGGUUUACGACUUCACCUCUCACUGCAGACGCAAAGAAUGGAAAACAGUGUACGGGGCCAAUGUUGUCAUCUUCGAGGGCAUCCUGGCCUUCGCCAACAAGGAGCUUCUGAAGCUUCUGGAUAUGAAGGUGUUUGUCGACACAGACUCGGACAUCCGCCUGAUACGGAGGCUGAAGAGGGACAUUUCACAGCGCGGACGCGACAUCAGCGGCAUUAUCAAGCAAUACAAUAAGUUUGUAAAGCCGGCGUUCGAGCAGUACAUCGAGCCCACGGUGCAGGUCGCUGACAUCGUCGUGCCCAGAGGUGGGGAGAACUUUGUAGCGCUGGAUUUGAUUGUUCAGCAUGUUCACAGUCAGCUGGAGAAGAGGAAGCUCCGCUGGGAUAUAUCAGCUCUGGCCUCGGCUCACCAGGGUCAGCCUUUACCCAAAACCCUCAGUGUGAUGGAGAGCACGCCACAGGUCCGCGGCAUGCACACCAUCAUCAGGAACAAGGAGACUAACCGAGACGAGUUUAUCUUCUACUCCAAGAGAUUAAUGAGGCUCCUGAUCGAACAUGCCCUCUCCUUCCUACCUCUCAAGCCAGUAUCUGUGGAGACGCCUCAGGGCGGCGUCUACGAGGGCAAGAGGCUGAGCGGUAAACGAAUCACUGGUGUGUCCAUCCUGAGAGCAGGAGAGACCAUGGAGCAGGCUCUGAUGGCGGUGUGUAAAGACAUCAGACUGGGAAAGAUCCUCAUCCAGACCAACCACGACACUGGAGAACCAGAGCUUCACUACCUCCGUCUGCCCAAAGACAUCAGUGAGGACUACGUCAUCCUCAUGGACAGCACCGUGUCCACCGGAGCUGCUGCUCUCAUGGCUGUCAGAGUGCUGCUGGACCACGACGUAGCCGAGGAUAAGAUCUUCCUGCUGUCCCUCCUCAUGGCGGAGAUGGGCGUGCACUCGGUGGCCUACGCUUUCCCUAAAGUCCGCAUCAUCACCACAGCUGUGGACAAGGAGGUCAACGACCAGUUCCACAUCAUACCGGGCAUCGGUAAUUUUGGAGAUCGUUACUUCGGCACCGACGCUCCCUCAGACUGGUGUGAAAGUGAUGAAGGGAUGGACUUCUGAAGACCGGACCAACACAGGGAUGUGGAGGGUCGUUACAAAAGCACUUAACCAUUUAAAACCCUCCCUCAUCCCUCGCUGCUCUGACCUGCUCGGCCCCCGCUCCUCCGUCGACGUCCUCCUGAACCCCUGAGGUGAUGCUGUAUAAACUGAAGUGUUGGGUCAGUGAGAGGAGCUCAGAGGCAGGUUUCAAUCCAUUACACACUCAUGUUUACAGUUUAGUUAAAGGGGUCAAAGUUCAAAGUGUUACCUCUCCUGCAGGACGCUGGAUAUUUGUUGGCUUUGACUUCUUUACACACACACACACACACACACACUCUAUCCUCCCUGGAUCAACAGUUUUCACUAAUGCAGUCUCAAGAGGUUGUGCUGCACUGGCUGCCAUUUUAAGCUACCUAUUUACCUAAUGCUUGAUUAUUAUAACGUUACUAAUGUUGCCAGUACUGUGUUUUUGGCUGUGAAGCUUUCAGAGUUCAUUUAAACUAACGUACUGUCAGUUUACUUGUAGGAGCCUUAAAAUCCUGAGCCUCUUUGCCUUCAUAAGCCAGAUAAUGUAAAUAAAUUAGAGUUGGAGAGGGUUAGCUGGGAGGAUUUCACUAGAGCAACGCUCAGUUUCAAUCAUCAAGUUUAACAGCAGCUAUAAAAAGAUGCACUUAAAAGUGUUCAAUCGAUCAAUGUGCUACGUGUUUAAUCAGUAACAAUCUAAUUUUGCACAAAGACAUGACCUUACUUCUCUUUGGAGACAAGCCUAUCAUGAAUCUUGUUCAGGACUGUUGUUCUGAAGGACAUUUACAGAGUUUAAUGUAUCAUCUGUAAUUAGUAGUGCAGUGUCAUUUUUUUCAUAGCUUAAAGCUUUUUGUAAUGAUUACGUGUAGAACAGCGUUGCUCUGCUGCUGAAGCUGCAGCUGUACUGUACUGUAAAAUAGCUUUUACUCAGGCAACUUCCACUGAAAGGGACAACAAAGAUUCAUACUUGAAGAAGAAGAGCGACUGAUUAUUAAUGGAAGAUUUUUUUUGUUUUUAUUUGUUUCUACUAGUUUCUUCUCUUUAAUUGUUUUUAUGUCACUGCCAAACGUUUCUCUGAUUUUACUUCAGUAGGUUACAGCAGCAAUAACACAGAGCCGUCAUGCUGCUCUCAUUACAUCAAUAAUUAAAAGUCCCCUUAUUUAGCAUUUAGAGUCAUAUUCUGGAAUCAAUCCUACACGUCUGUCUUUCUCUGUCUCUUGCUGCUUAUAACUGUAUUAUAGUCUGAUAUAAACCAUUUCUUAAAUGUUUAAAUACUGUUUAUAAAUGCUGAAUAAGAGGACUUAAAGUCUCAACUCCUUAAACCUUUCUAAAGUCGUAGUGAUGCUUCUAAACAGCUGCUUUAAGAAACAAUAUUUAACUCUGCUUUAGCUGCUAACUACAUCAGCGUACAGUUACCAAAUGCUUUGUGUUGCAUUGCUCGUCAAACCACUGAUGCGUCGCUCUGUGUGGCCCUUUCAUCGCUCGGUGUCAGCAACGUUCACAUCUGAGCUCAAAGCAAAAAACCAGGACCAUGCGAUCGACAGACACCAGGUGUCCUUUCUAAGACAGUGGUCAGAUAUGAUGAUUUAAAACAGCACUUGUGUUCACAGAAGUUAGACGAAUGAAAAAUGACCUUGUCGUGGACUUGAAGCCUCAGUAGCGUCUCGUGUUUAAACCUCUCAGUUUAUUUUUCCAUCUGUUCAGAGAGGAAAUAAUGCACAGCCUUGUUGUGUAACCCUGUUUGCUGCUGCUUGUGGCUGUUUUUUAAUGUUUUUAUUUAUUUAUUGUGUCGUUUGCAGAGAUUCUACAUCAUGGCAGAUUUGUUUUACGUUACAUCACAGAAAUUUAAUCAACAGUCAGACCCAAAAUCUUAUCGUUUAUAUCGUUAAUGUGCUUUUUUUGGACUCUGUUCUGCUGAUACAUUCACUGCCCAGGUCAUAUCAGUCCAACAACAGGUUUACUGUAACAACAGACUUUAUCCACUGGACAGUUUGACUCGACCAACACAGGUUUAAUUAUCAUUAAUAAUGGAUUUUACUGCUGCACCUGAAUGGAACAGAUUUAUUUAUUUUUGACGGAAAAAUAACUAUUUCAACAAUUAUUUUCAUAAUUGAUUAAUUGUGCCCAAAUGGCAAAGAAAACCCCGCUGUUCUGUUUUUCUCUGUUCUGUAUCAUGUUACACUGAAUAUCUUUGAGGUGGUCCGAUAAAAGACAUUUGACUGAAGUAGUUGUUCGUUGCAGCCAUAGGUGUCACUUAACAUCACCAGUAAUGUUCCCUGUGAACCAGCCUGCACUGGCACACCUGAAUAAAAUGCAGCCGUGAUUAAUUGGUUAAUUAUUCCCACCUGUGUUUGGUGACUCAGCCUGUCCUCUGUGAGAACCGUCGGUCUGUGGCUGAUUUGGUUUUUUGUAAGUUUCAUUUCACUUGUACAGAAUUAAAAUAUUACCUAAAUACAA